AUGCCCGACAUAAACUUCAAUUUAUUACAGGACCGAGCCAAGGAUGUCGACCCCGACAUCAGGUUCAUGGCAUUGGAAGACUUGCGCAAGUUCCUCUCCGACGACACAGCUACGUUAUCACGCGCGUCAAUCAGCUACAACUUGGACCAGUUGAUCCCCACGCUUCUCAAGAUGCUAGAUGACGCCAACCCCGAUGUCCAGAACCAAGCGAUCAAGUCGUUCGAGCCAAUGGUGCGGUACUUGAACAACAACUCCAUCUACCAGCUCGUGGCCAAAUUGUUCACCUUGGUCCAAGCUAGCAACAAAAAGGGUUCAUCUUCGGCGACUCAAAAUUUCAGAAGCUUCACAAUCUCGAUACCUAACAUGGCCUUGCGGUCUUUGUUUGCCCAGUCCAACUCGCGAGACAAGUCGGAGUUUGUCCUGGAUAAGUUAUCGAAAUCCAACUACAAGUUCAAUCGAGAGUUGGCGAGACAGAUUUUGGAUCAUAUCUUGCCCUUGAUAGUCGACAACGAGACCACGUUUGAUAACAUCGAGCUAUUGAUCGACUUGAUUUCCGAGAUUGGAUACGUGCUCACUGGCAAGGAGAUGCUCCGAUUGGCCGAAUAUUUCAUCAAGGUCAGUUUCGGCGAACAAGGGAUAAUCGGCAAGAGAGCGCUCGUGGGCGUUGAGAAAAUCCUCGCUUUAAUCACCAAGGAGCAGUACGUUUCAAACGUGGUCGACUACAUCUCCAACCAGGCGCAAGAAUCGCGCUUAAUGAAUAAGAAGUUUGUCUUGUUCCAACUGUACAGCGUGGUCAUAAGAAGAGGCAUCAAGCCCAAGCAGGUGGCAACGAUUUACACGGCGAUAGUCGAUGAGAUAAACGUCAAUGCAAACCCCGAGAGCGAUGCAGAAGAACUCGACUUUGACGUCCUUGAAUUGCAAAACUCGCUAAAAGAAGAAGCUUUCAACACCUUGAUUGAUCUCGUCAAGGAAAAUUUCUUACCUUUGGAAAACAAAGGCCAAGUGUUUGACAUUAUAAGCACUUUCUUAAAAUACGACCCCUUGAACUCCAACGAGGACCAAGAUUUCGAAGUUGACGACGAUGACGAAAUUGUCUUUAGUGACGAUGAGUUUGAUGGAGCACGAGGUGGAGGAAAUGGCGGAGACUAUGAUAACGACGGCUCGUGGAAGAUCAGAGCAAAAGCAGCAAUACUCACUCGCUCGCUACUUUGUGCUUUCCCCGAUAUGCUCGAGCUGAUAUCUAGUCAAAUCUUGCCUGAGUUGCCAUUCACAGAUUUAAACGACCAAGUUGUGCUUGAAGCAGUGAAAAGUAGUAUUGCCAUCGUCGAGGCUACUUCGCCAAGGGAUGCCCAAAAUCUCCGCUCUCUAGCAGCUAUAAUCGAUAGCCGUCUCGUGGAUGUCAAGGAGGAGCAAAUACCCGUUUUUCUCAAGUUGGUUGAAAGUUUGAACCGGUUCAACAACGCACCUUUGAUUGAAUCAACUUUUACCGCGAUAAUCAAAAGGCACAUCAACUCGGCCAGCUCAUUAGAGUAUCUUCAGUUUUACACCAGUGUCCUCAAAUUCCACGACGACCUCAGCCUCGACACUAUGAACCACAUUGCCAAUGACCUCGCCUCGAAUUUAGAAGACAAGUCGUUCAACAUGAUUUCGGAAUCGCUAAAGUGUUUGAAGCUCGUAUUCUCCCACAGGAACAGUUCGCAGUUGUCAAAUUUGAACCAGCUUGUGGAGAUAUUGAUUUCCAAAGUGGAAAAUCGGAAAAGAUACCCUAGCGAGUUGGUGAGACUAGCCAUAGCUACUCUUGGCGAAGCCCUUGCUAACAAGAUCAUCACCGCGGAUGCCAAGAUUUUGCAAGUUCUCGAGUUUUCAUUGAGCUAUGAAGAAACUAGCAGAGCAUCAAUCGACGUCCUCACCAGCAUCAUCCACCUGUCGCAAAGUUUACCUCAGGAUUACUUGGAUAGGAUCCUGGAGGAGUUGCAGCGUUACAUUGUAUCUAACAAUGAUGCAUUGUCCGCUUCUGCGUUGGUUCUUUUGAAUAGCAUUGCUUUGCAAAUUGCUCCAAGCAACAAAGAGGCGGCGGGAUUAAACUUGUUGCAGUUGCUUUCCGUCACCAACUCGUCAAAUUACGAGCACAUUUUCCAAAUCUUGCACCAUUGGGCCGAUGUUUUGUCCAAUAGCAUGGAAUUCACAUCAAAGUGGCUCAGCACGAUUGUCAAGUUGGUGAACGAAAACAAGAUUUCGCUUGACAAUGAAACGUUUUUCAAGAUGGUCAAGGCAAUGUGCACCCAGAGUUCUUCACUACACAAGCAUUUGCAACAAUCAUUGAACCCCGAUUUCCCCACCUCGGCCAAGUUGCUAGCUGUUUGUGUAGAUGAUGAGCAAAAAGUGGACUUGAUCAAGAGGCAGAUGCAAGAGUUUGAAAAGUUUGUCAAUCAAGACAUCAACAACCCGCGCUUUGCCGUGGUGGUUCUUUUUCUUGCUUUCGCUCAAGGCGACGAGCAAGUGUUCAGGACAAGCGUGCUCGUUGAUCUUUUGCGAAGUGAGAAUCUCACCAACGAGACGAAUAUCAAGGCACUUGUAACUGCCUUGGGGCACGAAGCGAAACAGCAUCCAGACACCGCACUUGAUCCCAUAUUGGACGCUUAUUCAAGCGAAAAAGACAACAACAACAACAACAACAGCAACAGCAACAAUACUGUGGCACGAAACCACUUGAUUUCGGCAUUGAAGGUUGCCAUAAGUGCUUUCAAUAACGAUCAGAAGGCUAAAGUGUGGAAUGCGAUAUUCAACUUGUCUAGCGACUUUGACCAAGCUUUGAUCCCCGAGUUGAGAAACUCGGGAGAUGUGCUUGGAGAAAUUGCAUUACCCACAGACGAGAGCAUCAUGCAGCAAGCCGUUGCCCUCCUCCUGCAAAAAGACAAUAACCGAACUGUCUACUUGGUGUUGGUUCUUUCGAAAUACUUGUUGACCAAUUUUGAGUUUUCCACCUCCAACGAGAGAUUGUUGACGUUUUUAACCCAAGCUUCAGUGGACUCGCUCGAUAUCGUCAACAAGGACAUUCGUCAGAUUGCCGUUGGCAAUUUGCUCACUGGAAUACACACCAUGCCGUCCCUUGUGGCUCCGAUUUUGAACCUGGUCAUUAUACCCAAGUUGCUCCAGCAAUUGACCGCUGAAAACUCCUUCAAAAAAGUCAUCGCCAUGGGGCCUUACAAGUACGUCUUGGACGAAGGUGCAGAGAUCAGGAAGUUGUGCUACGAAUUCAUCUACUCGGUUUUGGUGAUGGAGAACACAACGCUAGCUAAACACGACGUUGACAUUCAGCUCAUCACCCGCAGCGUCAUUGACCAGGGCUUAGUUGACAGCGAGCCCGAAGUGGUGGUGUUGGCAUGCAACAACUUGUCGACUUUCUUUGAGCUCCACGAACAUGACGCGGUCGACUUGAUCAGGAAGGGCAACGUUGCGUUUGUCGAAGGGCUCACGGAGAACUUGAACAAGCAAUUGUCCAAGAAAUUGUCGCCCAAGGCGUCGUCGCAAGAGACGGAAAAAUACCAAGACAGAAUCAAAUCAAUCAUCAAGUUGAGCAAAAAGAUUAAUUUUGUCUUUGAUAGCAUGCAAUCUGAUUACAAUGAAAACAUCAAGCUUUUUGAAACUUGGAAUAAGUACAUUGCGGAUGUCAAGCAAAACUUUACCGUAUACUACAGCAGCACCACCGUAUGA